AUGCAGUGGCAAUAUAAAGAUCAGCAUCCCUUCGAAAAACGGCAGCAAGAAGGAGAGAAGAUUAGACGAAAAUACCCGGACCGUGUCCCAGUGAUUGUGGAAAAAGCCCCGAAAGCUCAUAUUGGAGACCUCGACAAAAAGAAGUAUCUUGUCCCUUCGGAUCUAACCGUCGGACAAUUCUACUUCUUGAUCCGGAAACGAAUAUCUUUGAAACCUGAAGAUGCCUUAUUCUUCUUUGUAAACAACGUGAUUCCGCCAACUUCGGCGACCAUGGGGUCUUUGUAUCAGGAACACCGGGAUGAAGACUUCUUCCUCUACAUAGCGUACAGCGACGAAAGCGUUUACGGGAACUAUUGACUUCGUUGGCGGAUGUGACGUUUCAUGGGAAAGAAGAUUGAUUUUUUUUAUUUUUUAUUUGAAGAAUGGCUGUGGCAUUGUUUUUGCUGAGAACACUUUCUUUUGGUUUUUUUUUUUUUGGAUUUUUUCACAAGGUUGAAUCAGUUUUCUAUGUUUGCUUGUGUGUAUGAAGAGCAAGAUCGCGUUGAUCAUGCUUGUUUCUUCUUUGGGGAAAGAAUUAGAAGCUGUGUUGAGUUUAGGAUGAUCAAAUGGUCAAUAUUUUUCCGCUCUAGAAGUCUUUCCCUUUGUUUAACGAACUGAAUUGUCAAUCUGAAUUUUGAUGCCUAAACUUUCUGUGAGGAAAAGUCAACUCGACUUGAUGUGCUCCCAAUAAGCUUUUUCGGAUUUCCCCUUGUCCAUCCGUCGAGCAUUUAUGAUGUAAAACGGUUUUAAAGAAGGCAUGGGGUUUCCAUCGCACAAUUGCUCUCUAAACAUUUUCGAAAAUUUUCCGUAAAUUCAUGUGAAGUGGAAGAAAUCGCAAUUACAAAUUUGGUAUGAAAUAAUUGGUUCCAUUUCGACUUUGAUUGCGUUUAUGUCCUUCGUGCUGGAUUCGGAAGUUGACAAUUGAUUUCGUGUGAAAUUUGUCGAUGACUAAUUUCUCGUUUUUCCGGUGUGCUUCGCUGUAAUGCCUGAGAUAAAGAAAAAAGGUUUAUAGAA